ACACUUAAUGAGUUUUUGCUGAGUCAUGUUGUGAUCCCCAAACAGUCGUCAGGUCCAGAUUUCUGUGACAUGGAGAACGUGGAGGAACUGUUCAGUUUCCAGGACCAACACAACCUGCUGACGCUGGGCUGGAUCCAUACUCAUCCCACACAGACCGCCUUCCUCUCCAGCGUUGAUCUUCACACUCACUGCUCGUAUCAGCUGAUGCUGCCGGAGGCCGUCGCCAUCGUCUGCGCUCCCAAACACAACGACACCGGCGUGUUCAGACUGAGCGGUUCUGGGAUGUCGGAGGUCUCCGGCUGCAGACUCAAAGGUUUCCACCCUCACUCUAAGGAGCCUCCUCUCUUCUCUGUGUGUAAACAUGUCGUGGUGAGGGAGUCAAAGGUCAUUCUACUGGACCUCAGGUGACAGACAGGAGGCGCUGUGGCUCAGCAGUAAACCAGGAAGUGACUCAGUGCCUUCUCAUGACAUGAGUGUUUGAUCUGGUGAAGAAGAAGAAAAGAAACUUGUCCUGUUACUGUGAAACUUUUAUUUUGAAAUCCUGAGCUCUGGCCUGUGAUUGGUGGAGGCGGGUCCAGGUCACACCUGCUGACUCAGGGCUGUGACAUCAUUUUCAGUCAAAAACACUGGACUCAGAGAAAGUGUGUACUGUCUCUCACAUUUAUUUCACAAUAAAUGUUUACAUUUUAAAUAAAGUAAAUAAAAGAAUGCUUGUUUCAUCACAGUGUUUUAAUCACAUCUGAUUCACCUGGACUCACCCGGACUCAUCUGGACUUAUCCUGGUCUGUGUCAGGGUCCAGGUCUGUGUCAGGGUCCAGGUCUGUGUCAGGGUCCUGGUCUGAAUGAAGACAGACUCAGUCGUAUCACAGAUCUUUUAUUUUGUUGACUUUUUUUUAAAAACACCUUCACUUCUCUACAGCACCAUGAGGCCACGCCUCCCAGAGUUAAACCACCAUGACAUCAUCACUCUGUGACAU